AUGGUGGAGAGUGGUUUGUACAUGGUGACAUUAGAUACGAAGGUGGUCAAGAAAGACUUUAGUACUGGUAUUAGAUUCUUGGGCUAUGCUAAGCAAUUAUUUGAUCCAUUUUUAGCACUACUUUUACAAUACAAGCUUGUACAUGUGUACACAGAACAUGCAAUAGUUAGGCCAUUUGGGGUGGGUAAUGGAUGGAGUGGAGUUGGGUCAAGUCAUUGUGGUGAAGGGUCCUUAGGUGGUGAAGGCCAGUUGCAGCAAAGGGUAGAUGGAGGGGAUGUUGGAGUUGAGUGUAAGUUUUUUGUAGGACAACAGUUUGAGAAUGCAAAGACUUUCAGAAAAGCAUUAAUUGACUACUCAAUUGAGAUUGGGAGAGAACUACCAUUCACUAGGAAUGACCCCAACAGGGUAGGUGCUAGAUGCAUGAACAAGGAAAAAGGAUGUCCUUGGAGAAUUUGGGCUUCAAUGGAGAAGUAUAAGAGAAACUUUAUGGUGAAAACAUUGGUGCCCAAGCACACUUGUGGAAGAGCCCCUAAAAACAGAAACAUGACAGCUACUUGGAUUGCUCAAAAUUACAAGAGCAAGUUCAAAAUAAAUCCUUAUCUGAGGCUACAAGAUAUAAUAGAGACAGUGUGGCUAGAGUGGGGGAUUAGGGUCAGCAGAGGUGUAGCUUACAGAGCUCGGAGGAGGGGGCAAAGUUUGAUUGUAGGGGAGUAUAUGGAGCAAUAUACCUUGCUGCCAAGGACCCUAUGGUGGACAACUUUUAGUUGCUGUUGGGAGGGAUGGGAACAACCAAAUGUUCCCAAUUGCAUGGGAGUAGUAGAGGUUGAAUCAACUUCUAGUUGGACAUGGUUUUUGACAUUUUUAGGGGAGGAUUUAUUAUCAAAUGAAGGUGCUGGUUACACUUUCAUGUCUGAUCAGCAGAAAGGUUUAUUGAAGGCUGUGUCAGAUGUGUUUCCCCAAGCUGAGAGUAGGGUAUGUGCAAGCUGUAAUGCAUGGCAAAUAAGUGGGAUUCCAUGCAAACAUGCAGUGGUUGCAAUUUGGAACAAAGUUGAUCAACCAGAACAUUAUGUUAACCCAUUCUUCACCAAAUCAGUGUAUUUGAAGGCAUAUGACUACUUGUUGGAGCCUAUAAAUGGAGCAGAAGAGUGGCCUAGUUCAGAAACUUUGGUAAAUGCACCAAAACUCAAGAAAGUGCACAAUAGGCGCCAAGUGAAGAGAAGGAAGGCAGCUGGAGAAGUUACAAGUUCAGGAAAUUGA